CAGAUCUGAAGUCUUCCUGCAAAAGAGGAAGAAAUGUCUUCAGCUUCCAUGAGAAUAGACUUCUUAGACAGUUAGACACUAUUUGUUGGUCAGGACCUUCUCACAAUGUCUCUGGGGUGGCUACUUCUUCAGAAUACUAUCUGUUUAAUCAUUUUAGGAUUUGGAGAAUAUGGAAACCACAUAAGAGUGGCAGCCCAAUGUAAGCAGCCAAAUCCUGAUGGAAGGUCCAGACUCUCCGUAGUGAAGAGCUCCUAUGCGGUGAAUGAGGUGGUGGGAGUGCUGUGUAUCCCGGGGUAUCGACCACUUGUGAAAGAGAUCACUUGUAAAAGUGUUUGGAUUUUGAAGUUUCACUGGAGUAGCACUCCUCAAUGUAUAGCCCAAUGUAAGAAGCCAAAUCCUGCUGGUAGGUUCAGCUUGUCCAUAGAGAAGGAUUACUAUGAUGUGGAUGAGGUGGUGAUCGUGCAGUGUAAUCAAGGGUAUCGAACUCGAGGGAAGAGGAUUACAUGUAGAUGGCCUGAGUCUGAAGAUCAGUGGGACCCUGCUCCACGAUGUGUAGCAGAACAGUGUAAGAAGCCGAACAAUAAUGGGAAUUACACGUUAUCUGGAUCUGGAAACUUCUAUGAUGUGGGGCAGUCUGCGACCGUGCGAUGCAGCACCGGAUACCAACCAUUAUAUGAGAGGAUUAAAUGUGUUGCCCCGCGGAGCAGAUCCGAAUGGGAUAAUGAUCCGCUCUGCAUUGCACAAUGUAAGAAGCCAUAUCCUGAUGGAACCUACAGCCUGUCCGUAGAGAAGGAGUACUACAAUGUGGAAGACGUGGUGACCGUGCAGUGUCAUGAAGGGUAUCGACCUCUAGUGAAGGAGAUUAGAUGUAGAAGACAAGGGUCUGCCGAUCAGUGGGAUCGGACACCGUGGUGUAUAGCACAAACUUUAUCCGCAUCUGGAAAGUUCUAUGAUGUGGGGGAGUCUGUGACCGUGCGAUGCAGGGCGGGAUACCGACCAUUAUAUGAGAGGAUUAGAUGUGUGGCCCCAGGGAGAAGAUCCGAGUGGGAUACCGAGCCCCUGUGUAUUGCACAAUGUAAGAAGCCAAAUCCUGAUGGAAGGUACAGCCUGUCCGUAGAGAAGGAGUACUAUGAUGUGGGGGAGUCUGUGACCGUGCGAUGUAGUGAGGGGCAUCGACCACAAGUGAAGAGGAUUACAUGUAGAAGCUGGGGGUCGGCAGUACACUGGGACUGGACACCACUGUGCAUAAUCCCCAAUCUUCCACAUAUAAUGAAAGGUCCGAGCAUGGAGGAUGGCCGCAUACGAUGGAUCCUCCUGAACAGAGAGGGGCUCGUCACUGGCUAUAAGCUGGACAUCGAGGCGCGAAGAGAUUCUGACCCGUCAGUCACUGGGCACCAGUCUCACUGGUUCCCCCCCAAUGUGACAGAAUGUGAAAUCCUUCUCCAGCCAGGAACCAAUUACACAGUGACAAUCAGAGCAGUGACAUCAUCAGGAGGCGGGGCUAGUGCUGUAUAUGUGGUAGAGACGCCCCCUAGUGGUGGGAGGAGAAAUGUCACCGGUACUUCAAACUCCACAAGAUCCUAUAUCGUGAGCCUAGAUCUUGCAUCCAUGCUUUGGCUUAUAGUCCCAAUAUUCAUGGUGAAGCUGCUGGUACUUGUGGUUCUCCUGAAGAUACAAUUUACUCUGAUAGCUGGAAAAUCCUCUGAGACAGAUCUGGACAGACAUGAAAAACCUAAAGAAUAUAGGAUCCUCUACAGGAAGAGAGAAGAGGAAUUUGUGUCCAUACAAAAUGGCCCAGGUGACCACGUGAACUCAGACCCAAAGGAAGCUGCACAUUCCUGAUGUAAAGAAGGGGAGCCGGACACCCAAAAAGUUUACAAAAUGUCAAAGACUGAAAGGGAGUGUCUGGUUUCAGUAAGAAAACAGAUAAGAGGAGGUUUAGCUGUUUUUACCUGGCAGACCCCGCAGCGGGUCCAGUUCUCUGGAAGGACUCUGUUUACCUGACUGCAGAGGUGAUGUCAUGUGACCUUUUCAGCCAAUCACUGGCAUCAGUGAUGGAAGAGUCCAGUGAUUGGCGGCAGUGGUUACAUGUUGCUGAUCCGCUAGGUAAGUACAGCUGACCUCUUUAUCGCAGUCUACUUUCCAGUGUUGUCAGGCUUCUUACUGAAACUGGAAAUCGUCCUCAUCUGAGAACACACAAGAAAUAAACAAAAACAUUAACAAUAAUGGUCUACCUGCAAAAAUCACGAUGUCAAAAACAAGUCAAAUAUAUAUAAAAACACAGGACAUGUAAUUGGGCCAAAGAGCCCCUAUUUCACAAAUAAACUAAUGAGGCGCUUCCAAAAGCGGUCCUUAUGAUAAAAGGACAAAGGUCAUAAAUAAAUUAGUAAAUGAGCCAAAUUCAUACAUCAAUAAAGACCCAAAAGGAAAAAGUGUAUCAAAAGAAGCAGAUGAAAGUAUAAACAUAUACAGUCGGACACAAAUAUUAGUUUUCACAAAGUUUGCUGCUAAACUGCUUUUCGAUCUUUGUUUCAGUUGUUUCUGUGAUGUAGUGAAAUAUAAUUACAGGCACUU